UCCAAUAUCUGCAGUUUGCUUUUUCAUUAAUUCAAAGAGAAAGAAAGGAAAAAGAAUGGAGCAGAAGCUAAAAGCAUUAAGCCAUCUAUACGUCACCGUUUUCAUGUGGGGCUUUGCGAGCUGCAUAGUGAUUCCUGCAAUUACAGAUGUCACCAUGUUCGCCCUCUGUCCCGGCACCGACGAGUGCUCACUGGCCAUUUACCUCUCCGGUAUCCAGCAAGCCGUUAUAGGAGUAGGGACGACCCUGAUGAUGCCACUUAUUGGGAAUCUAUCGGAUCAGUAUGGCAGGAAAUCUCUCCUCACUUUACCUAUGGCUUUGUCCAUUAUCCCCUCAGCUGUAUUGGCAUACAGCCGAACAACCAACUAUUUUUAUGCGUAUUACGCCCUCAGGACGCUCACUGCCAUGAUCUGUGAAGGCAGCGUUAACUGCCUUGCUCUUGCUUAUUUGGCAGAUAACAUAUCAGAUAGCCAAAGGGCAUCUGCGUUUGGAAUUCUCUCAGGUAUAACCUCUGGUGCAUUUGUAUGUUCAACCUUAGCAGCUCGUUUCCUCUCCGCUGGUUCCACAUUUCAGGUUGCUACGUUUGUAUCGAUGCUCGCGGUAGUCUACAUGAGAACUUUCCUCGAGGAAAGUAUACCCGUUCGAGAUGAAAGUAUGACACAACCAAUCUUGAAAGAAAGUGAAGAUGCCAUUCAAAAGGAUGGCAAUGUUGUACCUAGGAAGAUGCCUGUGUUCAAGAGAAUUCCAUCCCUUGGUGACAUUAUUAGCUUGCUGAGGAGCAGUCCAUCAUUUACACAAGCAGCAGUUGUUGCUUUCUUCUAUAAUCUUGCAGAGGGUGGGGUACUAUCUUCAUCAAUGUACUAUUUGAAGGCUCGUUUCCACUUUAACAAGAACCAGUUUGCUGAUUUGAUGCUAAUUGCUGGAAUUAUAGCUACCGCUUCGCAGUUGUUUAUCAUGCCCUUAUUGGUAUCUCCCAUUGGCGAUGGAAAGCUGCUUUCAAUAGGACUCUUAAUUUCAUGUAUACACGCCAUUAUUUACAGCUUGGCCUGGUCACCUUGGGUUCCCUAUGCAACUACUGCAUUAUCUGCUGUGAUGGUCUUUGCACCACCAUCUUUACGCAGCAUUGUUUCGAAACAAGUUGGCUCCACAGAGCAGGGGAAGGCUCAAGGAUGCAUAUCCGGAGUGAGUUCCUUGGCCAACAUCAUUGCACCAUUGAUUUUCAGUCCUCUCACAGCAUCAUUCCUAUCUGAAGAUGCACCAUUUCAUUUCCCUGGGUUUAGUAUCUUGUGCAUUGCCUUCAUAUUGGCAAUUGCCUUCAUUCUGAGUUUGACAAUAGGGAAUGCUCCUUCAAAUUCAAGUGACAAAAGCAGCAGCAAUUGCAUGGAGGUUUAGACAGGAUAGUGAAAUGAUGCAUGUAUAGUAAUUAUAGAAGGUGAAAGUCUCUUUCAUUAUCAAUGGUGGAUUUCAUGAAAGGUGACUUUCUUUUAUGUGAGACAAAACAAAAUCUAUAUAAAGAUAUUGUUUACUUAU